AUGGUCAGAGCUUUCUUUAAUGGACAAGAAUUGCCCAAAUAUGUUACUCACACUAAUCUUGUCCUACUGCCUAAGAAGAAUGAGGUGACAACUUUUUCAGAUUUGAGGCCCAUAAUCCUUAGUAACUUCACCAACAAAAUCAUCUCAAAAGUGAUUCAUGAGAGGUUAGUAGGUUUUCUGCUCAAUAUCAUAUCGGAGGAACAAGCUAGAUUUGUUAAGGGGAGGAGCAUAGUUGAAAAUGUCUUGUUAACUCAAGAAAUUAUAACUGACAUAAGAUUGAGAACAAAGGCAGGCCCUAAUGUAGUUAUUGAACUAGACAUGACCAAGGUAUAUGACAGGCUUUCAUGGUUGUUUUUGACUAAGGUGCUAAGGAAGAUGGGGUUUGGAGAGAGAUUCAUAGGGUUGGUGUUUGGGAUUGUGUCAAACAACUGGUAUUCAGUGGUAGUAAAUGGACAACCCUGUGGUUUCUUCAAAUCAUCCCGAGGGGUGAAGCAAGGAGAUCCCUUAUCUCCUACACUUUUCAUCUUGGCUGCUGAAGCUUUAUCUAGAGAUGCUACCUCCCUUAAAUUAGUAAUGGAAGUUUUGACUGCAUAUGAGGAAGCUUCUGGUCAGUUGGUGAACAAAAGCAAAUCUGCCCUUUAUAUGCAUCAUUCGGCUGAUGUGGAGGUUGUCACAAAGGUUGAAAGAAUCACUAGAAUUGGAAGAAAAGAGUUUCAUUUCACUUAUCUUGGGUUUCCUAUUUUCUAUGCUAGGAGGAAGAUGGAUUAUUAUCAAGAUUUGAUCACUAAGGUUAUGGAUAAAUUGCAAGCAUGGAAAGGGAAAUUGUUAUCAAUUGGUGGCAGUGAUGGAGAAGGUGGAUGGAAUGUUGAGAAAAGUAUGGAGAUUCUUCCUGAGGAGUUUGUUGUGCACAUUCUGGAGAAAAUUAAGCCUCCAAUUAUGGAGAACACUUUGGAUGUACCAUACUGGAUGCUCAAGACUCGUGGUAAUUUUAGUGUAAAGUCUGUGUGGGAGUAUUUAAGGAGGAGAAAUGAUCCAACACUUGCAUACAAAGUGAUAUGGGUAAAGGGAUUACCUUUCAAGAUCGCAUUCUUCAUGUGGAAAGUGUGGAAAAAUAAACUUCCUCUUGAUGAUUUCAUGAGGCGAUUGGGAUAUUGUAUGCCCUCAAAAUGUUGGUAUUGUAUUGAGCCAAAAGAAGAAUCUUUGAUACAUUUAUUCUUCACAUCACAUGCCGCCAAGAUAGUAUGGAAAUAUUUCCUAUCUAGACAAGGGAUACGACUGGAGGGUUUGACAUUGCAUCAGGCGAUCACUAGUUGUUGGACAGUUCAGGUGCUGCCCAGAAUUAAGCCCAUAAUGCAAGCCCUUCCUUCUUGCAUUAUAUGGGAACUGUGGAAAAGGAGAAACAAUUUUAAAUAUGGGGAAGCAGUCUUAAUCAGUAGGGUUAUUUACCAGGUAUCCUCUUCUCUUCAAGCUAUUGUAAGAGUAAGGAAGCCAUGCCUUAUUAAUGUUCCUCAUAAGUGGAAAGAUCUGUUAACAAUGCUGGAAAACUAUACUCCUAGGAUGAAGUAUGACAAGGUCAUUUGGGAGUUGCCUAUGGUAGGUUGGGUGAAGGUAAAUACUGAUGGUGCCUCGAGGGGGAAUCCGGGGAGGAGCUCAAUUGGUUUGUGUAUAAGAAAUGAUGAUGGAGAUUUAGUAUAUGUUCUUGGAAGGGAGAUCAAUGCUGCAACAAAUACAAAAGCUGAAAUAGUAGCAAUUUUGGAGGCUUUAAGGAUUUGUAGUGCUCACAAUUACAUGCAAGUAUGGCUUCAAACAGACUCUUUGCUCUUGAAGAAUAUAGUUGAAGUCUUGUUGUAUUGUGGAACAAGUGGAGGAGAUUUGACAGCUCUUGGGUAG